ACAAGCCUCGUUUUAGUUAAAAGUUUUAUUAGAAACAGGAAGCGGAACAAGUAAGUAGCGCCUUGACAGCCAUGACUUUAGUCACUUAACUUAAUCACACUACGAAAUUCGACAUCCUGUCUAUUAUUUCAUUGAAGAACCCAAACGUGGGUUUGCGCUUAGUUACCAGCUUUUAACAUUUGGUAAUCAGAUCAAAGUUUGCUUCAGCUCAAAAGGAUUUUUUAUUCGUGCUGCAACUUCAGCCACACAAGGAGCAUACCAGGUGUGUGAUUGCAACAGUUAGCGUGCUGUGUUGCAAAGGACAUAUAAACAUUCAUUUGGACUAAGUUUUGGAGAAUUAACAAAGUUUCAGGUCCUAGGGAUAACACUGGAUUGUCUGAUGUCUGGUUUACUGGGGAAGAUUCUUUCUGUCACGGCAGGAUGACACCAGGUCCAGAGAUGGUACUGAAACAAGGAUUUUUAUACAAGAAAAGGGAGAGGUCAUCAUCAAUGUUACUGCGCAAGUCUUGGCAGAGUGGUUAUUUCGUUUUAAAGAAAUGUUCAUCGUAUUCUGGCCUACUGUUAGAUGAAUACCGAGAUGCAUCUUUGCGCGUUGCCAAACAGACGCUUUUCUUGGACACCGUAAAACACGUUGGACCAGUCAACACAGCAAGGUCAAAACAAUAUGCAUUCCAAGUUGUGGUUUUAGGCCGAUCGCCAUUAUUCUUCGCUUGUGAUAACGAGAUCCUCAGAGCUGAAUGGAUUGGGGUGUUUUCACGCUACACAGAAGAAAUCACAGACUCCGCAUUUGCCCAUGGAAGAACAAGUCCAGAGGGUGGACCUUCAGGGUCAGCGCGGCAAGGAAGGGCAGUCGCAGUUGCUGGUUUUUACGGUGAUGCAAAGCCAGAAGAAAACAAUGAUAAAUCUGCAUUAGAAAACAAAGGCUACCAAGUUGUAAUACAGAAAACAGCGCUUGCUGAAGACAAUAAUCUCCAUGGAGGUUACCUUUUACGUGUGUCAAAGACUCGAAUUUUUCUGAAGCAAAUCGAUGGGAAGGAAUACGUAUUGAGUUGGCCGCUCACUCAUCUUCGUGGCUUUAAAAGUCAACCAGAGCAUCAAAUAGUGGUUUUGGAAACAGGGAGGCGUUGCCAUUUUGGGAUAGGAAGAUUAUGUUUGAAAACACGCUACGCCGAGUCAAUCAUUCGAGACAUCCGAGGAGCGACUUCAACCGAGAGUAUUUCGAGCGGAAAUUCUUCGGACUCCGAUGCCGAAGCAGUUCACCCUGCUGUUCGUCGCAGUCAGUCGGAGGAAAAGUGUAGCGUUACCGUGUCAGUUCGGCCGCGCCGCAUAGUCAGUAAACGCGUCAUAAACCAAGUCGACGUAGGCCGUGAGGCUAGUCCUGAAAUCAGUUUACCCAACAUGGGGAAAGCAGUGGGUAAAACAUUACAUCCAAUUUCUGCGACACCUGAGGUAAACGCUUCGGUUUGUGACGUUGACAGAGUUAGUAAAGAUAUAUUUUUUUUCGAAGAAUCACUUGAAGACACCGUGACAACAACUGUGGCAACAUCAAAAGCGGAAAGUUGGAAAACAUCGUCAACAUUUGGAAAAACUAUGAUCGAUUCGCGAAGUGAUAACGAAAAUUCUUCGAACGAGUUCGAGGAAGAAACGAAAAGGUACUCUUAUGUUGAUAUCAUACACGACGAAGAGGGAGAUACACCGCUAAGUUCAGAUGAGGCGUCGACCCUUCUAGCGCAAGUUGUAGCCGACCUCACAGAACCACAAAAACGGAACAAUUUUGUUAAAAGCAACAGCACUGGUGGCAUACAGGGAAAGCCAACAGAAAUUAACGAGGCGCGAAGAGCGAGUGCGCCCGCGGUAGGCUCGAGGGAAUUUAUCACGUCAGCUACAUCCGAGGAGGACUUGCAAGGCAGUGCGUUGAGCACGCAGUGGAAGCUUCGUCUCGAAAAAAUAAACGAGGUUAGCUUUACCGAUGCUACGGAUGGAGAGCAACAUCUUUCACCGAAUAAUUCUAUAAACGAAAAUGGAGUGCACGAGCGACCAAGAAGUUUGUCUGAAUUGUUAGCGAAUGAAUGUCAAUUGCCAACGCAAGUACAGAUAGGAAAACAAAGAAGCAAAACAAUUUUAGGCCUUACGCAAUCUAAUGCUGUAUCGUCGCUUACCGAUCUUUCUAUCAGUAGACAUAAAGGUUUAAAACCAACAUUGUCGAUGAAAUCCCCGUAUGACCUCGAACGCGAUAUGUGCCUCUUCAAUUGUUCAGCAUGCACAUGGAAAGUGCCAAGUUUCCCGAAAAGCAGGGUCAUCAAAGAGGUUGAAUGUGCUGGAGGGAUUGAAAAUUCCCGCGCGAUGUUGAGCAUGAGUCCCUUGCCUCCAGAAUUCCAUAAUUCCAACAUCGUUGACUCUAAUGAAAAUGACACGGAAAGAGCCGGGGCAUUGCCCCCUCUAUCAUCAGCAUUCAAUAGCAAUGCUCCGGCACGACCACCCAGGAGUACUGAAGGUAAGGUUCAAAGAUGUAGAUCAAGGAGCCGUUCAUCGCCCCCACCCCUUCCCGACCGCAACCAAUCGCAGGCAAUUAUUUCACCGAGGGAGCAGUUAUCUUUUCCUAGAACUAAUCUUGCCACCGAUUCUGGCAGCAUUACUCGGCCGUACACAAAUACACCCCCGAAGGUGCAACCACGAUCCCCAAACUCGACGCCUUUACCAUGUUCAGGUCACGAGGAGAAUUCAGAGAAUGUGUCACCACCUCCAAUACCCCCGAAACCGGAUUCAUUGUCGGCUGCUUUCAAAAAAUCCUCUCUAGAACAAAGUAGGUUGACGGGGGCAAAUCUUCAUGGAAGCUCUAGGCGUCUUGUCAUUGAGAGGCGGUCAGAGGGCUAUCCGUGGGAAGUAGACCGGCAAAUGGGAAGUGAUGCGUUCAAGGAUGGUUCACCUCAAUUUGGCCGAGUAAAGCGUCCAGUUGUGACACUUACACCACCAAGGUCGCCCGAAUCACAAAGACAUCACAGGUCGCUCAUGCACGCGAUUUCAAUGUCAGAUCCUGAUAUUAGUGAGCAUUUGGAAAAAAGUAUUAAUUCAAGAAUUGCACUGAGCUCAACACGGAGCUCUCCUAAUUCAUAAAGUGACAUUUACUGUACAGGUUUGCGGUUAAUUUUUUAGCUCUUAAAUCUUUCAUUUUAAUCGCUUCAAUUGAUUUAAUGUUAUAAAUUUGACAAUUUCAAUUCUUUAUUUAAUGCAGUAGAUCUAGAGUAAAUUUGGAGUUAAUGUUUCCUAUUGAAUAUCGUAUGUCAUGUGAUCAGUUUAUGUCAAGUGACCGGUUUGUAUCACGUGACCUGUUUGUAUCACUUGAAGCAGCCAUUACGUUAAUGUUAUGGACUUACUCCGCGAGCCUCUUUUUCGCUACUACCUCUGUUGUGAGUCGUGUCAUCGUUUGGUUUCUGUGAUUUCCACUGGUCAUGUGACACAGACAAUUAUGUUUUUCCAGUUUGAUGUGAUUAUGUUUACUUUAAAUAAAUAUAUUGUGUAUAGAUUGCAUAUCACAUAAUAACGCUUAAACGAAGCUAUAAUGGCUAUUGGCUCAGUGAUAUAUAUGUAGCAAUAAUGGAAUAUAGCUUUGACUUAUGUUACUACUACCUUAUAGGUCUGCCACAUGUAUGUUAUUCGCAUACAAAUAUACAUGAAGCGAAAAUUGUAUGACUGCAAAUUGUAUGACAUGUUGCAUCAUACACUUGUUGGUAUUAUCUGAAGUAAAAUAUUGAAAAAAGAGAAAUAAUUUGCUUUUGAAAAUUAUUUUACAGUUUUUAGAAUAAAGUUAAGAUUUAAUUACAUCAAUGAAAUAUUCUUUAACCUUUACAUAUUCUGAGGGUAUUGCAUCUGAGGGUAUAUUUUUUGCAAAUAGGAAAGCAUUAAAUUCACCUGCUUUACAAUCGCAUUACUAAUAGUAUUGCCAUAUAUUGCCUUCUCGUUUUAUUAUUUUUUCGAAAGAACCUAGGAACAUAAUCAUAUUACAGUUAAAUUAACAUAUGUCGCUUUAGUUAUUUUUGACCUUGCUCAAAAGUUGAUCAAUAUAUACAAAUGUUAGUGUUUUUGAAUGCAAGAAAUUUUCUUCAUGCCAAUCAGAAUUGUAUCGCUGUUAUCUCCCUAACCAGUUGAAAUUAUCUCAGUAAAAGAGGGGAAGAGCUGGGGGCUUAGUUUAAAUGUAUUCCCCUUGUUAAGACCAAAAAGUAGCCCUUUUUUAAUUUUGCCAUUGUUUUUAUAAACGUCUCGUGAGACCCCUUGUACACAUAGCAACACAUCCCUUCUUAUUACCCAUUCCAAACACCCCUUUUAGCUUCCCCAAAAGAAUUCGCCUUGCAACCAAGCGUGCUAUCUGCCAUCAUUCUCCCCAUCUUAUAUGACGUAUCUGUCCCUUCGAUUUGCUAUUGUGAAAGAGGCUGGUUUAUUUUGGGAUGUCCUGUGCCUAUUACUUCGGAAAGCUACGUUUUUCUAUUAAAGAAAUAAUGCGAAAGAAUCUUCAAACCAUAACUCGAAAGUUUUGCUCACCCUGUAAUGCCAUUCCCUAGAAUUCAGUAGGACUUUAGCUAUGGUUUUAUUUAGCUUAAUAAUAGCUGUUACUCAAUUGAGAGUAUAACAUGUAUUUUUUAGACCUUAUUUGAAUUUUAAAAUCUCGUGUAUUUAUGCGGCUAUAGAUCGUUAUGAAUGACCAUUUUAUUCUUGUCGGCUUAAAAAAUGCCUUAUUUGUGCAA